UUCUCGUUUUUUUAUUUGUUUUUUGUUUUUUUUUUUGGAUAUAUUGCGAUGAAAUGAGGAUUACGUUAAUUAUCUUUUAAUUGAGUGUGGCUAACGAAAACUAUACAUAAGUGAAUGCGUAGCUUGAACGAGAAAGAGGCAAACAGAGAACAUGUUAGUUGAUAAAGAUCAACGUUUUCAAUAUGUAAAUUUGGUGCUGUCAGCAAUUUUGGCAAUCGUACUCAUCGUACUGACAUGCAUAUCAACGCAUCUAUCAACUGAUGAUGAUUUUCAUAAGAGCGUGCACACUACGCAAAUGUCUUUGGACUUGGUAAAACCUGUUUUCCCAUGGCACUACAAUAACACAUGGAAAUCGAUUGGCAAUGCAUCGUUCAAGCAUAAAAUUUAUUCAGCUUACUUUGAUCGUCGCAUUGACAUUAUUGAAAAUUUAUUCAAACACAAGUACCGCAAAGCUAUUGGAUCUGUCAGAGUUUUUACGAUACUUUCCUUAGGAUUUCGUGAUUAUGUCACUUGCAUUUUCAGACAAAGAGAUUUCAGCACCGUCAAGAUACGGGCCGUACAAGUGAAGCCGUUGCCCGAGCGAAAAGAUAUAAAAUAUGCUGUUUUCACUAUCGUGUGCCCAUUGGGUAAGGCUGAUAAUGGGAACAAAAUUAUGCAUUUGCCGCAAGAAGUCGCCAUCACUUAUCCGUCAAAUACUUUGGCAAAUUUCCAUCCGACAUUCGUACCGAUCAGUUAUCCACGGAACAUGGAUCAAUUGUUCGCCAAAUCCCAACCGAUUUUAUCGGUAUGUGUGGCACCUCUGCAAAAACAUUAUCGAAAUGUCUUACGUAUAGCAGAGUUUGUGGAAAUGUAUCGCUUACUAGGAGCUAAACAUUUCUAUUUCUAUGAAGAUAAUCAUAGUCGAGAUGUGAAACGUCUUUUAAAACAUUACCGCAAAGAAGGUAUAGCCGAUGUAUUGCCUUGGAAUCUAGAGACCUAUCAAGAUGAUUCAUAUUUUAAUGGCAUAAUUGCUCAAAUUAAUGAUUGCUCUUAUCGAGCAAUGAUUGUCGAUAAUUAUAGAUAUGCAGCUAUAGUGGAUCUUGAUGAAAUAUUAAUGCCAGUUAACUUUAAUAGCCUAAUGGGAUACUUGAGAAAGUGUGAUAAAGGACAAACAUCAGCUUUUGUUUUCUGCAAUGCAUUUUUCUACAUGAAAGACGGAAAUGACACGUACAGUACACCAAUAUAUGCGAGAAAUCGUUUCCUAUAUACGCAAACGAAAGUGAGGCGUGCCGAUCAAAUUAAACCCGUUUACGCACAAAGCAAAUGCAUUAUAAACACUCAUUCAGUUCUAGAAAUGGGAAAGAAUCGCAUGUGGAAAAGUGUAUCCGGCUAUAGUGAACUAAUUCUACAACCUAACGUCGGAAUACUUCAUCAUUAUCGUGACAAAUGCUAUAAUUGUAAAAAGACACUGGUAAUCGAUUAUACUGCUCGACGAUUCGGCUCAUUAAUAUGGGAUCGUGUUGAUGAGAUCUGUUUGCAAGCGUUUUUUAAAGAUAAUGGCAUAUGUCCAACGAGCUAAUACCGCAUCAGCACUAACAACAACAUAUUAGCAUAUUAAUCGAAGUCACCAGCAAAACAUACUCCCUUCAUUUUUAGUUUGAUAACAACCACAGCUAA